UUCCUGGCGGGGCUGGCGCGGGGGAGGGGCCGCGCAGCGGCGGAAACCGGCGCGCGGCGAUAAGAGGCUGCACGGCGACAUGCCACAGUCUCUCGCCGCAGCCCGACGAGUCCGGGCGCUCGCCAUGCUCCCGUGACCCGGACCCGGCCAGUUCCCUUUCCCGUGGCGGGCAUCCCGGAGUCGCGAUCCCACAAUGCCCCGGGCAGUCGGGGCCCCGGCGGGCAGCCUGCACGGCCACGUGAGAGGUUGGUACUAAGAAGUGCCUUUCCUGACGUCUCUGCUGCUUGGAACCGCUUCUAGAGCAGCCUCUGCUUUUGCCUUGCUUGCUGCCAGCUAGACUGUGACGACAGCACAUCCGCCCUCCACCUUAGCCCAGACACCCCAUUCCUACUUCUAAUCAGGAGAAAAGCUCUGAGUAUCUGCCACUGCCCUAGGCUGCUUUAGUUUAGAAGAAAAGUUUGCUGAAAAAGUAAGAUACCUUCUGCCAGGAAAUCAAGGAGGAAAAAAAAAUCAUUUUCUCGAUUUUGCUCUAAACUGCUGCAUCUGUCUAUGCCAAACUAAUCAAUACCGAUUGCACCACCAAACUCCAUCGCAAAUCAGCUGUGAGGAGAUUCCCUGUCAGACAACUUUGCUGAAAGCAGCUUGGAAAUUCGGUGUCAAAGGGUCUGCCACGUUUUCAUGCUUGCAUUUUGGGCUCCAAAUUGGCACUGGGAAGGGGUUACUGAGCACAAGGCUGGUUCCAGGCCCUCCUUUAAACUCCCAUCUACUUACAAUCCUGGUAUUUCUCUAAAAACCAAAACCUCUUUGAAUUAACAGUUUCAUGCUGUGAAUUUGUAGCGGAGGUCUUUCCCUUGAUAUUGAAGUCACACUUUUCCAUGUGCCGUUAAAGCGGGGACUGGGGAAGCAGCCUUUCGGACAUUUUCACAGUCAUCUCACACUUCUGAGUUUUAUCAGUUCCUGUUUUGUUUAGUUUUUUGUCUUUUGUUUCGGUUGCUGAUUUUUUUCUUUUUUCCUUUUCUUUUUUUUUUCCCUUUUUCUUUUUCUUUUUUUUUCUUUUUUUUUUUUUUUUUUUUUUUGAGAGGGGUUGGGUUUGUUGGUUUCAUUGAACAUUUAACUACCUGUAAAAUAUAAACAUGGCUGUUAGUGUCACACCAAUUCGGGACACAAAAUGGCUAACACUGGAAGUGUGUAGAGAGUUUCAAAGGGGGACUUGCUCACGACCAGACACGGAAUGUAAAUUUGCACAUCCUUCGAAAAGCUGCCAAGUUGAAAAUGGACGAGUAAUCGCCUGCUUUGAUUCACUGAAAGGUCGUUGCUCCAGAGAGAACUGCAAAUAUCUUCAUCCACCCCCACACUUAAAAACACAGUUGGAGAUAAAUGGGCGGAAUAACUUGAUUCAGCAGAAGAACAUGGCCAUGCUGGCCCAGCAAAUGCAGUUAGCCAAUGCCAUGAUGCCUGGUGCCCCAUUGCAGCCCGUGCCAAUGUUUUCAGUUGCACCAAGCUUAGCCACCAAUGCAUCAGCAGCCUUUAAUCCUUACCUGGGGCCCGUUUCCCCAAGCCUGGUUCCAGCAGAGAUCUUGCCGACUGCACCAAUGUUGGUCACGGGGAAUCCUGGAGUUCCAGUGCCAGCAGCUGCUGCAGCUGCUGCACAGAAGUUAAUGCGGACAGACAGACUGGAGGUGUGUCGAGAGUACCAGCGUGGCAAUUGUAACAGAGGAGAGAACGACUGUCGGUUUGCUCAUCCUGCUGACAGCACAAUGAUUGAUACCAAUGACAACACAGUCACUGUCUGCAUGGAUUACAUCAAGGGGAGAUGCUCCCGGGAAAAGUGCAAAUACUUCCAUCCUCCAGCACACCUGCAAGCCAAGAUCAAGGCUGCCCAAUACCAGGUCAACCAGGCUGCAGCAGCACAGGCUGCAGCUACUGCAGCUGCCAUGGGAAUUCCUCAAGCUGUACUUCCCCCAUUGCCAAAGAGGCCUGCUCUUGAAAAAACCAACGGUGCCACCGCAGUCUUUAACACUGGUAUUUUCCAAUACCAACAGGCUCUAGCCAACAUGCAGUUACAGCAGCAUACAGCAUUUCUCCCACCAGGCUCAAUAUUGUGCAUGACACCCGCUACAAGUGUUGUUCCCAUGGUGCACGGUGCUACGCCAGCCACUGUGUCCGCAGCAACAACAUCUGCCACAAGUGUUCCCUUCGCUGCAACAGCCACAGCCAACCAGAUACCCAUAAUAUCUGCCGAACAUCUGACUAGCCACAAGUAUGUUACCCAGAUGUAGAGCUGUCGUCACAAAACAAUCAUACAAAGAGGAAAGGACAGUGUGCUUGAUUAGAGUAAGGACGACGUCAUUAGCCAUAUUGUAUAUAUCGUCAAGCAACACACACAAAAACCCUCAGCCACAAGACAUCCACAUAUUGCAUGUUAACCAGAAGAAAAGACAAAAUGGGAACCUGCUGCACACUGUUGCCUACACACUUUGUACAUUCAAUUGGUAUUUGUGCUGAGGUGAUAUUCCUAUCUAAAACAACAUUGUCUUUCUUUUGUAGCACAGAGUUAUGCAUUAAAAUAUGCAUACAUAAUUAGUUUCCUAUAUAUUCAUGCCAUCUUGAAAAGACAGACUAUGGUGUAACCAUGAUUCUAUUAUGUAUUGGUACGUCUGUAGACCAAGAUAUAAUUUUUUAAAAAUAAGUUUAUUUCUUUCAAGGUUUACAAGUAACAAAGGUGCACCUUGUAUUUAAAAUUGCCAUUAGAGCUGAGAGCGCGCAUGCACAGUCAUUUUUGUUUAAGAGUAAUAUUUUUACUGUAAUAGAUUGUAAGACAUGGUGAGGGAGGGAUCUGACAGAGAUGAAUGUGCCAAGCAAAACCACAACUGUGUAUAUUUUAAAGCACAUCAUGGCUUUAAGUACCAUGUUGUUAAGGAUUCUCAUGAAGUGCCAUAGACUGUACAUCAAAUUAGAGUAUUAUUUCUUCAGUGUUAUUGUUUUGGAGCCACAUUUUGUUGCUUAUUUGCUAGUACUAAUCAAUCAAAGGGCACCAUUCUUUUCUUUUUUGUUUUUGAAACCAAAGCUGUCUCAGAAAUGGCCAAUUUAACUUUACAGUAACAAUAGACAGCACAACACAAACUCAAUACAGAUAACCUUUCACAUACUGGAGAUAUAUAUAAUAGAUAUAUAAAAUUAUUUUAAUGCAUUGUAGUGUAAUAUUUAUGCAUACUCUACUAUAUAACAUGGUAUUCAAAAGGGAUAUGCCAUUUCUGAGACACAAUAACAAAAAAUGUUUGAGGAAAUUAUUUUGCUUCUAUUUAUAGCCUCUGUCAAAAGUCAAAAGACUAUAAAUGCUUUGCAGAAAUGGGUUCACGUUUGCUUAAAUGCUUCAUCACAGUCACAUUCAAAAUAGUGACUCUAAACAAAGAGAACAGCACUGUCAUCAGAUGCAUGAUAAACCAAAAUAUGAAAAUGGGAAAUGUUUAAUUAACCUAGUAAUUGGGUGGGUUAAGUACAUGGGUGAAUUUUAUAUGUGAUUCUUUUGUUCUGAUUAACUGCUUAUAGCCUUAGAAAGCCUUUUAAAAAAAUUUUAAAAAUAGAUGUGCAUUCAGUUUUUAAGAAUGGAUUCAUCCAAAGGAAUUCCCCUUUUUUUGUGGUUUGGAUGUUGCAGCUAGUAAAGGAUAUUUUUGCUCUGUUCAGCAGUUCUAAAAAUCGCUGAGUAGGGGCCAGGUCACUGGCAGUUCUAGUGUGGAAUGGGAGAAGUGAGAGUUCUGUUAUAGAACUUUCCAUACUUCCAAGUUUACUGCAAGUUUUUAUGCUUGAGAGAGAUGCUUUCUAAUAUAAGACUGAUGUGUUGAUUUUACUGAUUGUACUGUACAUCUAUUAAAGCCUUAGAUUAUUACAUUACGGGUUGGAACCCAUACCAAUGUAAUUUCAAUCGUGUUAAGAGAGUAAUGGUGACUUCACAUGUUAUUGUAGUUAGUUACAUUAUAGAAUAUUACUUAUUUUUCUUGUUAAAAUGUAGUUUUUCAUUUCCUACAUUUACAUUUAUUAGAUUUUCAUUUUCUAUUAACAGUUGAAUACCAUUUCAGUUUUUAGAUUAUUGUUUUAUUAGAUUUUACCAAUGAAUUUUUCAAAAUACAAAAAAAUUAAAGUAGUUUUUUUCUUCAUAACAUACUCAGUUUUAAAUUACAUGUAGUGUCAUAUGAAUAUCCGUAUUAUUGUUAACUAAAUGAUUUAUAUUUUACUGAUUUAAUAUUACAGUGUAAGAAUGUCAGUCAUUGUUCUUGUCUAGUUUUCAUUAAAAGAACAAAGAUCUUUUAUAUGGAUAUCUUAUAAAUAUAUAAUCAUUGCUAAGUAAGAAGUUAAGUUGUUGCUAUGGCAACAAUCCUGGCAGACAAUUGAGUAAUAUUUUGAUGAUUUAUUUUGUUUGUAAUUAGUUAUUAUGAGAAGAUCUAGAUCCUAGAUAUUAGAAUAAAAUUUAUUUUCUACUGUAUCCAUUUCAAAUGUUAAAGUAUUGUUUAAUAUUUUUGAAAUCCCUGAAUAUCAGGCCUUGUUAUAAAUAAGCUGCAUAAUCAAUAAAUAGAACAAGGGACUUUUUGUUGAUAAUCCAAAUACUCAAAGUUUACGUAAUGAGAAUUUUAGCGUGUGUGCAAACUCUUGAGGGUUGAUGAUGCUGCAGUUUAGCGUGUUGGAAAGUCUAGAGAGAAGGUUGACUUUUUGCACUUCUGUAUAUAGUCAAAAGAGAGAAACCUGUAUAAUAGCAAGAUCUUAUUUUGAAUAAAAACGUCUAUAAUUACAAGGAGUUUUGUUAAGGCUAAUGAAAUGACAGACUGAGCAAAAUUGCUUGCAAAAGUGGCACAGAGUUAGCACUCCAUACCCUUCAAACACGUUGCUUUGCUUUAUGUGAACAGCUUGUAGUUUGCCAGGAUUUUUCAGCUGGAAAGAUUUGCCAUCCUUCUGAGAUCUCAUGACUGACAAAACUCCAUUGGGCCAAAUCUGCCUGAAGAUCAUUACCAAAAAAAUAGCAGAUAAUUCAGCCACUAAGAUGAAAUCAUGGAUCAGAUAUUCCUUACAUUGUUUUCAAAACUACUGCAUGUUUAAAACUUCAACAAAAAGAGAGGAAGAACUAUGCUUAAGGACAUAUAUUAUUCAGAUCGAUAUCUACCAAUUUCAGUGGUUUAAUAUUCACAAAAUGAAAUCUUCAAAACAACUAUUGACUUUCACGAAAUUUCAACCGUAAAGAGGCAAACCAAACAGCGCACCAGUAGUUGUUCUGUGAUUGUUUUUUAAUUGCUGUAGAUCUUGUUCUUUCCGCAGGUGAAACAAAAAAAAAACAAAAAAAAACAAAAGAAGUUCAAAUUCCACAGUUUUAAUUUUCAACUCAGAAGCACUCAAAAGAGCAAAAUGUGACAAUGGCCACUUGUCUAAUGACUUGGUUGCCCAGCUGUCACUGCAGCUGGCUACUGAUGUUGCACUUACCAGCAACCCACCCACCUUCAUCUGCUGAAAGGACAAUGUGCUUGGUUUUACUAUUAUGUAAUCACAACUUACUUUCUGCUUGUAGUUGCUUAAAAUUAUGUAUUUUGUCUAGGGCUGCAAUUUGUUUUAUGCUUACUUUAUUAUUACUGCAGUAGUUGACUUUGCUGUAUGGAAAAAUAAAGCGAAAUUGCCCUAAUAAAACUUCUCUUUCUUAAGUAUA